GUAAUGUCAUUGCAAUUCUUGUGGAAAAAGGAAAAGAGAAGAACAACUGGAAAACCAAAACAACAACCUACAAUUUCUCCUCUCGAAUCAAUUUCACCAAUCGGACCCAUCAUGGAGGCCAUUUCUGGAUCAUCAUCCUCUUCUUCUUCUUCUAUGGAAUUCGUUUUCUAUGAUGACUUCGAAUAUGAAUUCGUUGAAGACAUCGAACGUCUUUCCAACUGGGAGUUGCUCGAUGCUUUUGAUGCGGAUUCGGAAAUGGGCGGAAAUGGAGGCGAAGAACAAGGGGGAAAUUGCAGCGUUGACGAUAAUGUUUCACAAGAUCUUCGAGAGAUGAUUUCUCCCGUUCUCGCUGUGCCGAUUUCGCUUGUGGAGGAUCGAAUCGACUGUUCUUUGGAAGAUGCUUAUUUCCUUCACAAUCAAGCGGAAGACGGUUUUGCGUAUGGUUAUAACGAUGCGGAGGAGGAAGAUGAAGUGGAUGAUGAUGAGGAUGAGUUCGAUUUGGAUGACGAACUCGUUCCGUGGUCUGUUAGUGAUAAACUCGGACGGCAGAGGAUGAGGAAAUUGGGGAAAAGAGGUUUUACGAAGAUGUAUAAUUCGAAGAGAUCUCCGUUUUUGUUCACCAAGCCAGGAUGUGUCCGCGGUAAACAUGGACUCGGUUUGAAACACAGUUAUUAGAACAAGAACAGAUUCAAGAACUCCGCUUGCCUUAAGAAGGUAAACGACUCUAAUUCCAAUUUGGCGUAGAAGUAAAUACUAAAUAGAUGUAAUAAUUAAACCCUAAAAACUAGUAGUUUCGUUUGUUGUAAGUAGCAGCAGUACUAGUAAUAGUCCCUGUAAAUCCAAUUUGCCAGGAUGGAUUUCUGUUGAUUUACAAGGCUUGGAUUAAUGAAGAACACAUUAACUCAAAUUUCAUCUCUGUGAAAUUAAUCAAUCAGCUGUCUAUUCUCCUAACUCCUAAGUUAUGUCCUCCACGAGAAUUGUUAUGCUAA